AUGGAGAAGGAUGGUAGCGCAGCCGGCGCCGGCAAUGCCGAGGCGAAACCCGUGGUACCGCCAGUGGAAGAGACGAAGCCUACAACUGUCGUUGAGGAUGUUCCUGACCCCGAUGAAGACGACUUGGACGACUUGGAUGACAUGCUCGAUGACUUUGCUGCCGUGAAUGUGGAACCGAAGAAAACAGCACAACCUGCUGCGUCAGCUGCGAGAACCACCGCGGCUGGGCCAGGUAGACCCGCGACAGCUGUGGAAGAUGAUUCUGAGGAUAAGACACUGGAAGAGAUGCUAUCUUCCGACGAUUUCGCUAAGCAGCUCCAAGCCGGCAUGGCUGACCUGAUUGGAGAAUUUGAGAAGAAUCCCGAGAUGCAAGCGCAAUUCGACAACGUGUUUAAGCAGAUUAGUGAAGCUGCGGCAGGAACGGAAAACCUUGCCGAAGGCACGACCGGAGCAAAAGCGCCGACACCGCUAGCAUCAGCCUCAUCUUCAAGCAAAGUUCCCGUUUCCGACCCCAUUGCCGACGGUUCCUUCCAGGAGACUAUCAAGAAGACCAUGGAACGCAUGCAAGCAUCAGGACAACAGGCGACUGCAGCGGCGGCAGAGUCAUCUACCGAAGAUUUCCUCGCAGAGAUGAUGAAGCAGCUCGGAGAGGGCAACCUCGAAGGCGGCGGUGGCAACGAGGAGGAGUUCUCAAAGAUGCUCAUGGGCAUGAUGGAGCAGCUCACUAACAAAGAAAUCCUGUACGAGCCUAUGAAGGAGCUCAACGACAAGUUUCCCGAGUGGUUAGCAAAGAACAAGGAAAAGACGCCAGCAGAGGAUCUCAAGCGGUACGAGGAGCAACAAGCGCUAGUCAAGGAGAUCGUGGCCAAGUUCGAGGAGAAGACGUACGCCGAUUCCAACGCGGCGGACAGAGAGUACAUUGUGGACAGGAUGCAAAAGAUGCAAGCUGCUGGCUCACCUCCGUCUGAUUUGGUCGGUGAUAUGCCAUCAGCGCAAGAAGCUUUCAGUGCAGACGAGGGCUGUAAUCCCCAAUAA